CUUUCGCUGCUCCUUCACAUUUCGAGUGCUGGAUCUUUUUGUCCCUUACUGCGUGCCGUGUCAGUUUCCGUGCGGAAGUGGUGGCCGUGAGAGAAGAUGGCGGCCACUGUGGUGGCGCCGCCUGAUGCCUUGGCCAGUCGGGUCAACAAGCGCGGCGGCGGCGGACCGGGAGUCGGUGGCGGCAGCGGCAGCGGUGGGGCAGCCAGAGGGGCGGAGGAGGAACCGCCGCCUACCCUACAAGCAGUUCUGGUGGCCGACAGCUUCAACCGCCGCUUCUUCCCCAUCUCCAAGGACCAGCCUCGGGUCCUCUUGCCCCUGGCCAAUGUGGCACUAAUUGACUACACUCUGGAAUUUCUGACUGCCACAGGCGUACAGGAAACCUUUGUCUUUUGUUGCUGGAAAGCUGCUCAAAUCAAGGAACAUUUACUGAAAUCCAAGUGGUGCCGCCCAACAUCUCUCAAUGUGGUUCGAAUAAUUACAUCAGAGCUGUAUAGAUCACUGGGGGAUGUUCUCCGUGAUGUUGAUGCUAAGGCCUUGGUGCGCUCUGACUUCCUUCUGGUGUAUGGGGAUGUCAUCUCAAACAUCAACAUUACCAGAGCCCUGGAAGAACACAGGUUAAGGCGGAAGCUAGAAAAAAAUGUAUCUGUGAUGACGAUGAUCUUCAAGGAGUCAUCCCCCAGCCACCCAACUCGUUGUCAUGAGGACAACGUGGUAGUGGCUGUGGAUAGUGCCACAAAUCAGGUGCUCCAUUUCCAGAAGACCCAAGGCCUCCGACGUUUUUCUUUCCCUCUGAGCUUGUUCCAGGGCAGUGGAGAUGGAGUGGAGAUUCGCUAUGAUUUACUUGAUUGUCAUAUCAGCAUCUGCUCUCCUCAGGUUGCUCAACUAUUUACAGACAACUUCGACUACCAAACACGAGAUGACUUUGUGCGAGGCCUGUUAGUAAAUGAGGAGAUCUUAGGAAACCAGAUCCACAUGCAUGUGACAACUAAGGAAUAUGGUGCCCGGGUCUCCAACCUACACAUGUAUGCUGCUGUCUGUGCGGAUGUCAUCCGCCGAUGGGUCUACCCUCUCACCCCAGAGGCUAACUUCACUGACAGCACAGCCCAGAGCUGCACUCACUCCCGACAUAACAUCUACCGAGGGCCUGAGGUCAGCCUGGGCCAUGGCAGCAUCCUGGAGGAAAAUGUGCUCUUAGGCUCUGGCACUGUUAUUGGCAGCAAUUGCUCCAUCACUAAUAGUGUCAUUGGCCCUGGCUGUCACAUUGGUGAUAAUGUGGUGCUGGACCAGGCCUUCCUGUGGCAGGGUGUCCGAGUGGCUGCUAGAGCACAGAUUCAUCAGUCUCUGCUCUGUGACAAUGCUGAGGUCAAGGAAAAUGUUACACUGAAGCCUCGCUGUGUCCUCACUUCCCAGGUGGUAGUAGGCCCAGAUAUCACGCUGCCUGAGGGCUCGGUGAUCUCUUUGCACCCUCCAGAUGCAGAGGAUGAUGAGGAUGAUGGUCAGUUCAGUGAUGAUUCUGGGGCUGACCAAGAAAAGGAGAAAAUGAAGCUGAAAGGUUACAAUCCAGCAGAAGUUGGAGUUGCAGGCCAGGGCUACCUCUGGAAAGCUGCAGACAUGAACAUGGAGGAAGAGGAGGAACUACGGCAGAAUCUAUGGGGACUCAAAAUCAACAUGGAAGAAGAGAGUGAAACUGAAAGUGAGCGAAGUAUGGAUUCUGAAGAACUAGACAGCCGGGCAGGCUCCCCACAGAUGGAUGACAUCAAAGUGUUUCAGAAUGAAGUCCUGGGAACACUACAGCGGGGCAAGGAGGAGAACAUUUCUUGUGACAAUCUAGUCCUAGAGAUAAACUCUCUCAAGUAUGCCUACAACAUAAGCCUGAAGGAAGUGAUGCAAGUACUGAGCCAUGUGGUCCUGGAGUUCCCACUGCAACAAAUGGAUUCCCCACUAGACCCAAACCGCUAUUGCGCCCUGUUGAUUCCCUUGGUCAAGGCCUGGAGCCCUGUCUUUAGGAACUACAUAAAGCGCGCCGCUGAUCAUUUGGAAUCUUUGGCAGCCAUUGAGGACUUCUUUUUGGAGCAUGAAGCUCUUAGCACUUCCAUGGCCAAGGUACUGAUGGCUUUCUACCAACUGGAGAUCCUGGCUGAGGAAACAAUUCUGAGCUGGUUCAGCCAAAGGGAGGUAACUGACAAAGGCCAGCAGUUGCGCAAGAACCAGCAGCUGCAGAGGUUCAUCCAGUGGCUAAAAGAGGCAGAAGAGGAGUCAUCUGAAGAUGACUGAAGUCACACUGCCUGCUGCUGUGGGUGUUGUUGAUUACCUUCAAGGUUUCUGGGCCAGGACAAGUGAGAGACCAGUUCAAAAGGAUGAGUGACCACCAUCUGAACUGAGGCUGGAGCAGAGGCUGGAACUACAGUGUUCUUCCCACCAUCAGCAACCAUGUGCCUCCCAUCUGACUGGGGAGUCGGGGUGAGGGAAGUUGGGCUGGAUAACAGCUCUGCCUAAGGAGGAGCUAAGCAGGCCCUGCAGUUAGAGGAAGGCCAGAGGAACAGCUUUGUGCUCUGGUUUCCCCUCAGGGAAUAGCAGAGAACAGUUGGCCCUCUCUGCUGCUUGUAUUUGUUAAUAUUAAAAAAACAGAGAGAGGGGUA